AUGAAGCGGGCUGAACCCGACCCGGAUCCAUGCUUUCUCGGUAAUCCCAUCUCCGACGCCGAAGCCAUGACUAAAUGGCCGCUUCGCCAAAGAUCUUCAAAGGCGAGGAAAACUGUGACACUGGAAACUCCCACCGAUGGUGACAAUAAAUUGAAGCUCAAGGCGAAGCAUCAUUACCUCCAAGCUAUGGUUGAUGGAUUUCUCUUCAAUCUCGGAGACGAUGUCUAUGUCAAGGCUGAAGCGGGUAAGCCGAAUUACAUUGCAAAAAUUGUCGAACUUUUCCAAGCAAUUGAUGGAGAACCGUAUUUUAGAGCGCGUUGGUUCUAUAGGCCAGAGGAUACGGUAAUCCAAGGCCUUGCGCAUCACGUGCAAUCGAAUAGAGUGUUUCUUUCGAAUGUUGAGGAUGAUAAUCCCCUCAAUUGCAUUAUCUCUCGUGUUAACAUUGUUAAAGUUCCACCAAAGAUUGCUUCAGGAACUGAAGAGAGAAUCAUACCGCCAUGUGAUUUCUACUAUGAUAUGAACUAUGAGCUGGCACACCUGACCUUUUCAAGUGCAACUGAUGAUGGUGAGGCAUCAUCAACAAUUUCAAGUGAAUGUGACUCUAAUUGCAUUGAAACUCCGCACAAGAAUGAAAAAUUCUUACUGGACCUGUACUGUGGAUGUGGAGCUAUGUCCACUGGGCUGUGUGCGGGGGCUUCCCUCUCAGGAGUAAAAUUGAUUACGAAAUGGGCAGUGGAUACCAAUAGUUUCGCUUGUGAAAGCUUGAAACUUAAUCAUCCUGAAACUGAGGUGCGUUGGAAGGGUUAUGGUCCUGAAGAAGAUACUUGGGAGCCUUAUGAUGGAUUAAGAAAAUGCAAAGAUAAGUUAAAGAAGUUCGUGACUAAAGGGUUUAAGUCUAACCUAUUGCCCCUUCCUGGUGGUGUUAAUUUCGUGUGUGGAGGCCCUCCAUGUCAAGGAGUUAGUGGCUUUAAUCGUUUCCGAAAUAAAGAUGCACCUCUUGAAGAUGAAAAAAAUAAACAGUUGCUUGUCUACAUGGAUAUCAUUGACUUCUUGAAGCCAAAUUACGUCCUCAUGGAAAAUGUCGUCGAUCUGUUAAAGUUUUCGGCGGGGUUUUUGGCUCGUUAUGCAGUUGCUCGUUUGGUUUCAAUGAACUAUCAGACGAGACUAGGCAUGAUGAUUGCAGGAUCUUACGGUGUUCCUCAAGUCAGAAACCGAGUAUUCCUAUGGGGUGCACAACCGACAGAGGAGAUACUAGUUGGACAGAGCCAAAAGAAUCUUAAGCUGGAAAAGGCUCUUAGACUUGGUGAUGCAUUAAGUGAUCUCCCACCAGUGACAAAUUCUGAGGAAAAAGAUGAAAGGAACUAUGAGACAAGAUCCCAAACAGACUUUCAGAAGUUUAUAAGUCUUAGAAGAGCUGACUCAGUAAUCCCCAUGGAUAGUGGAGAUGCAUCACAGCCAAGAAAGCUCUACGAUCACCAACCACUUCAACUCAAUGAUGACGAUUUUGAACGGGUUUGCCAAAUUCCAAAAAAGAAGGGUGCCAAUUUCCGAGAUUUAACCGGUGUUUUGGUUCAAAACAACAGAGUCAAAUUUGACCCUUCUAUAGAGCGUCCAAAACUGAAAUCUGGAAAAUUUCUGGUUCCUGAUUAUGCAAUGACAUUUGUCCAUGGCAGAUCAAAAAAGCCAUUUGGUCGCUUAUGGUGGGACGAAAUCGUUUAUACGGUUGUGACAAGGGCAGAACCUCACAACCAGACUGUAAUCCAUCCAUUGCAAGACCGUGUGUUGACUGUCCGUGAGAACGCGAGAUUGCAAGGGUUUCCUGAUUUUUACAAGCUGUGUGGCCCAAUAAAGGAAAAAUACAUCCAGGUUGGUAAUGCGGUGGCUGUUCCUGUAGGGGUCGCACUGGGGUAUGCCUUUGGGUUGGCAAGUCAAGGGCUGUCCGAUGAUCAGCCUGUAAUAAGUCUCCCCUUCAAGUAUCCUCAGUGUAUGCAGGGUAAUGCUGAGGAGCAUUCUGCUUGA